AUGCCCCGUACCGACGAAGCCGAGUUCUGGUUCAACGCGGUCUACUCCGCCGUCCAGGAGAUCCCGGCCGGAAAGGUGACAUCCUACGGACACAUAGCGCGACUACUGGGGGAACCUCGACGGCCUCGCCAAGUCGGAAUAUGUUUAAAACAUCUCCCUUCUGACCCGGGACAUUACUAUCAUUCGGGGAAUGUUCCCUGGCAGAGGGUGAUCAACUCCAAAGGAAUGAUUUCGCAUAGGGAACCUGGGAGUGCGGAACGUCAGGCGGAGGCUCUGCGGCAGGAAGGGGUUGAGGUGGAUAUGGAUAGUAUGGGUGAUUUCUAUGUUGAUUUGGCGCGGUAUGGAUGGUUUCCGGAGGAGUUGCCAAGUGAGGAGGGGUUAAGUGAAAAUGGAAGCGAAGUUGGGUGA